AUGUUCGUUGGCCAUCAACCUAUAUUAAAGGUGUCGCGGACAACGGCAGCUAUCCGUGGUCUCAUAUUGAUUACGGCUUGGGCUCAAUUCGCAACCGUUAGUGCAGGCCAGACCUUGCCAUAUACCCCCACCAGCAUCUUCAUUCCAGAGUCGAGGCCUGCGCCAGCUUUAGAGAAUGUGACGUCUCACAUUGCAUAUCUAUUUUCGCCACAGGAUAACGGGGUUGAUCUACUGGCACUUAACUUCUCCAGCAAUCUACACGCCUCGUCGUUAUCUCUUCAAACUCUGACGUCGAAUGUACCUUUCCUAUAUACGAACACCACGGCGUUUACCCCGUCAUUGGCUGACAAUGGAUCGCUCAUCGUCUACGCUGGCGACUGCUCUUCUUCGUCUGGCUCCGAGAUCUGGACAUUCAACCCCUCUGCCAACGACGGUGCAUCGGCAUCAUGGAUCAAAGCGAAUGUCGCACUUGCCUCGGAAGCAGAUUCUAUUCAAGGAGGACCUGGCUUCCUAGGUGGCAGCUUUAGUUUUUCGACCACUCUGGAGCCUGUGCUAUCGCAGGCAACGACUUAUGUCUACGGAGGAAUGUGUCCUGACACGGCUACCGAUGCUGGUGCCAAUACGCCGCAGUCCAACGCCACAUAUUCAAACCAGAUGAUCACGAUCUCCCCGUCAAAAACUGCCGCGGGCCAGUACGCAGUUGAUACGGUUCCUAGCAAAGGGCCUCCUAUCCCCGAGGCCGGGUUCACCUUCACCAGUCUCUCUCCGUCCGUGUCUAACCGGACAGGCGUCAUCACUCAGCAAGUCAACUAUGUGCUUUUGGGUGGUCACACACAAUACGCCUUUAUCAACAUGAGCACUGCCGCCAUCUGGAGCUUGCCAGAAGAAAGUUGGAGUUUUAUCUAUAACAUCGAUACCGCCGCCGCAGGAACUGGGAGUACCGAACUUGCGAUCAAGAGCACUGCCGAGAGCGUAAGCCCGCGAUCAGGCCACACAGCCGUGCUUAGCGAAGACGGGUCUUCACUAGUUAUAUUGGGCGGCUGGGUUGGGGACGUAUCUCAAGCCGCUACACCGCAGCUAGCUAUUCUCAGUAUCGGGGCUAGCUACGGCGGCGAGGGAGACUGGCAAUGGCUGGUGCCUGAGGUGCAGCCAGAAGGGUCGGGUAUCUACGGUCAUGGUGCUGCAUUACUCCCGGGCAACGUUAUGAUGGUCUAUGGAGGGUACAGCAUAUCAUCCACCGGAACCAAGGUUAGGAGGCAAAGUUCCGGUGACAGCAAUCUGCCCAUGUUUCUCAACCUAACUUCAAUGAGCUGGUCUGAUCGAUACACAAACCCGGAGUUCACCGAGUCAGGCCAGGAUGGUGACUCAACUACUACUAGCGAUGAUGGAAAGAAGCGGUUAGGACUGGGACUAGGACUGGGUCUUGGAUUUGCAGCCAUCAUCGCAGCAAUCGUGGCAUGGCCCUGGUACCGCCGUCGCAAGCGCACCAAACGUACGAUCCGAGACUCUGUAAUUGGUGCCCUCGUCCAGGAUACAUCUCGAUUCCUACCACAUGACGACGAGAUGAUGGAGCCCGGCGGAAGUUGGUACAUGGGCGGCCCUGAUCCCUACCUGCGCGGGCACCGCUCGCUGGGCUACCAGAGCUUACAGAUAGGCAGCCCCGGCUCAGCAGACAACAACGGUCACCAGACGUGGUACGGCGGCAUGCCCACGCAAGGCGCGAAGAAAGCCCCACCCCGCCGGAACACCUACGACCCGCCGUCCAACUCGCGGGGGCCCAACGCCAUCCACCCGAUCAUCGAAGCCGACGAGGACGGCUCCCUUCACGACGGGGAUAACAUGGCGAGCGAGCCCGUCAGCCCCGUGCGCGACGCCAACGCCGGCGACGGGAGAAACGACUCCGACCCGUUCCUGACGCCGACGUACGAGAACAGCAACAGCAGCAUCUCGUUCCCGCAGCCCAGCCGCGCAUCCCUGACGCCGAGUCCCGAGGAACGCAGGGGCGGCGGGACGACGGACCCGGAGGUGCAGGACUGGAUGUCCGACGUCGAGGCUAUGGACGCGCUGUUGAAUAGUCGCAGAGGAGCAGGAGCGUCGGGACACGUCUCGCCCACGCGGCGCAGCGGUGGUCCGAAGGUGAACAACAGCAACAGCAACGCGUCAGAAGGAGGGGGAGGCAACCGUGGCAGCAUCCUCGGCAGCCUCAGCCGCUCGGGCUCCGUGCGCUCGCACCUGCGUCUGAGUUUCGGGCUUGGGCUCGGGCUCGGGCUCGGGUCCUCUUCUUCUGCCUUACCAUCUCCGACUACCGCCAACGCGAAUACCGGUAGAGCUGGUGCUGCCGACGAUGACAACAAUAAUAAUAGAGGGGGUAGCAGUAGCUCGAGCACGGCGCCGAGCUACAACACGGCGAAGAGCAGCUUCCAUGCCUUGCAGGCGGAGGGGCCGUCGCUGUUGCUUGGUGGCAGUAACAAUAACAACAGCACUGCUCACAACAACAACAAUAGCAACAACGGCAGCAGCCCCAGCAAAAGCAAGCCCCAGCGCCGCUCCUGGCUCGGCAGUCUGCGGCGCGUGCUGAACCUACCGGACCACGACCCCAGCGGCAGCAACGCCACGAUAGCGGAACGCGAGACGGAGAAGGUGGAGGAUGAGCGUGGAGGGGGCGCGGCCAGCGACUACGACUACGAGGCGAAGAGAUUAAGUGGAUUGAGCGGGAUAGCGGCGGGCGCGGGGCUGCUGAGGCGGAAGAGCGGGAGGGGGGAUUGGGAGGAGGCGGCGCUUGGGCCGGCUUCGGGCUCGAACUCUACCGCGAUGAGGAGGGGGCAGGAGUACGGGGCGAUAGGGGGGUCGCAGGGGUGGAGCGAAGGGGAAAAGGGAGGAGAAGGAGGAGGAGGAGGAGGGGGAUAUGGGGACGAGUACGAGGACGAGGACGAGGAGUGGGACAUCGAGAAGGCGGUCGAGAGGAGGCUUGUGCAGGUCCUGUUCACGGUGCCUAAGGAGCGCCUGCGCGUGGUCAAUGCCGAGCCCGAUGCGGAGAGCGCGGUCGAUGUUGCGGUUGCGGAGCCUGCUACUAGUGGUAGUGGUAGUGGUGGGGAGAAGGGGCCGGAGGUAAGGGUGCUGACGCCGAGGGCGGCGGAGAAGCUGCCUGAGGUAAGGGAGAGGGCUUCCCCGCCGCCGCUUCUAAAACCGAGGUCGUUUGUUAGCCAGUUCAGCGAGGCGAGUGAGGAUGGGGGUGCGGCGCUAUAUGAUGAUGCACUGGAGGAGGUGGAGGUGGAGGUGGAAGAGGAGGCGGGAUGGUACCGGGAUAUGGGCAUGAACAGAGACGAAGAUGAAAACGAAAACGGAGAUGGGAAUGAGCAUAGGGAUAGAGGGAGGCAACAGCCCCAAACCCCGAGAGGCACCCCGUCGCGGCUAGCCGAGGGCGCCCGGCUGCUGAUGGUGGACACGCCGAGCAGCGAGUCUCGCAAGAGGAAGCCGUCGCGAUCGCCGGUGCAGGAUCUAGAGGACGAACUGUACUCGGCGCAAGCGGUCAGGCUCGAGAAACCGCGGACCCGGGUCCUGGCCAUGGUCCAGAGUUUUGAGAGUCUGAGCCGUGAGGGAAGCCCGGCGAACUCGCCUACGCGGUGA